AAUCGGUGCAUUGUUGGGUUGAUUCAAUCGCGCCCACCGCCCAUCCACCCAUCACUCAUCGUACAAGGUGGUAUGCUUAAAUAAUUCUAACCGACCGACCGACCGACAAACCAACCGAGUGGGAACCGAAAAUGCAGUCAAGGCGUUCGCUGGCGUUGCUGAAGCUUAUCCGGUCUCUGGUGAUACUGGCAAUCGUUGGCCAGUGCCGGGCGGUGGCCGUGGAAACACCCGAGCCGGCAUCUUUGCUACGACCUCGCGAUGUAAAUCCACACCCGUACCGGAACCCGUACGAAGGCAUCGCCAUCUUCGACCGGAACCUAGCGACCAACAGUGAGAAAUUCUCCCAAAAUCUUCUCAACCAAGGUCCUGUGCAGUUUCCCCGUGUACGAGAUGGAUCUACGGCGAACGAACUGCCUUACCCUUACGAGGCGCUAGCUCUGAAGGAACGGCAACAGAAGAUGGGUCGGUUUGCUGGUGCCGAUAGUCCGAUUGUGAAACCUGCCUACCAGGCAUUGGCAAAGCAUGCGGCUCGACUGCUAGGCAAAGGGUACCAGCAGGUGGAUAAUAUCGACUUCCUGAAUGAGGCAGCAACGGAUGUGAAGAAGAACUACGUGUUCUCGUACGCCGUGAAGGAUUCGGCCUCGGGCGACGAUUUCUCGCACACGCAACAGCAGCAGAUGGACGGAGCGGUUAAGGGUAGCUACAAGGUGCAGCUGCCGGAUGGUCGAAUGCAGAUCGUAAAAUACAUCGCAGACAACAACGGAUACCGGGCGGAUGUGACGUACGAGAAUGAACCGGUAGCUGCGGUACAAUCGGCGCCAGUCGUCAGUCCACCUACACCCGUUGCUUAUGGUUACUACCAGAUGCCAGCUGUGGCCGAACAGCAACAGCAACACCUUCAGCAGCAACAGCAACAGCAGCAACAACAACAGUACCUUAUCAACCAGCAACAACGGCAACUGUACUACCCAGCAACGCAGUCGCAAAUUCCGGCCCCUUUCUAUCCGGCCCAGUUGCGACCGAGUGAUGUGAAGAUCCACAGCUACAAUACGGCACCACAUGCCGGAUCCGUAAUUGCUUCCACGACCACCCAAGCUACGCCGGUGGCGGGUGGUACGUAUCUGGCCACGUUUCCGGCACCGGCCAACCUGGCCUACAUUGCGACACCAUCUUCCCAAUCGCCCAUUGCGGGCACUGUAGCGAUGCUCACGACUGGUGCACCGCUGCCGGCAUACCGUGACAUCCAUGUACCUCCACCAGCACCCGUUCAACCGAUCGGAGUGGCAUUCGCUUCGGCUGGCCGACGAACGACGGUUUAUGCCGGAGCAGGAACACGCAAUACGCUGCCCGCCGGCCCCGUUCGAUUGCAGCAAACGGUUUACCAUCAAGUUCAGCCAACGUUCAUUGCUGACGGUGGACAGGGAGGGGUCACAGGCAAUCUCAACUACGUGCAGGGCUACGUACAAAUACCGGCCGCUGAAAAUCGCGUGUACCGACGGAAUACGGACCGUAGUACGGAGGUGCUUCCGAAUGAGCAUGGUCAGCGAUCGCCGGAUCACGAUUUGUCGAAAAAGAGUCAAACGAAACGACACGAUCAGCACCAGAAAGCGUGA